AGCUUCAGCUCGUUCAGGCUGACGGGAGUCGGAAAGAUGGCGGCGUCCUUGAGCUCUGCCAGCGUGAAGCUGCUGAGCGUCGUGGCUCGGUCCGGCUCGUUCUGCCGGGGAGUCCAUGUCACCGCGGCGUGCUGCAAGAACCGAGCGGCUCGCAUUCGAGUGGGAAAAGGAGACAAAGGCGUGACCUACGAGCAGGCGCUCCCCCCUCAUCAUAUCGGCCACCGGAAAGGCUGGCUGUCUCAGCACACUGGUAACCUGAAAGGCGAGUCGGGCGCGUCCGAUCGCGUCGUGGAGGACGUCUUCAUCCGCCGCUUCAUGUUCGGCACAUUCCACGGCUGCCUGGCCAACGAGGUGGUCCUGAAACGGCGCGGCAACGUGCUGGUGGUCUGCGCCCUGAUGAUCCAGAAGCUCCCGCCGCAGAAGUUCUACUUCCUGAUCGGAUACACGCAGUCGCUGCUCUCGCACUUCUACAAGUGUCCCGUCAAGCUGGAGAUCCAGACGCUGCCGGACAAAGUCGUCUACAAAUACCUCUGAGGACACUCGUGUAUUUAUUCUGUCAAGAUACUUUAAUGUUUUUGUUU